CACAUCAAAAGCCAACAGAAAGAGAAAAAGGAUGGGUAGCGCACAAGAGCAAAACGGCGGCGUUAGUUCUUCCACUGUGUUGAACCAAGGAACCGCAACAGCGUGUAAAGUGUCGAAAGCUAAGAAGAAAAUAUGCUGCGCUUGUCCUGAGACGAAGAAGCUGCGGGAUGAGUGCAUAGUGGAGCACGGUGAAGUGGCUUGUGCGAAGUGGAUCGAAGCUCAUAAGAUUUGCCUUCGCGCUGAGGGAUUCAAUGUUUGAGAUCCAUCGGAGUUCCAGACCACUACUGUUGCAGAAUUCAUUGAAUUAUCAAGCAAAGUUAUCCUCCAAGUGUUUUCCUAGGCAGAUAAGAAUGGAAGGUAAUCUUAGUUGUAGCAUAGAGGGCAACAAUAAGGAUUAUAGAGGUGCCUUGAUUGUCCUAGAAGGCUUGGAUCGGUCUGGGAAGUCUUCUCAGUGCAGCAGACUAGU